AGAGGGAAAGAGAGAGAGAGAAGCAAAAGCCGGAAGAGAGAGAGAGGGAAAGAGAGAGAAGGAAAGAAAAAGGUUCGGUGGGGUUAAGACAAUGACUUUUUGAGUUCUUUUUUUUUUAAUUUUUUUAAUAAAUUUAAAAUAAUAAAAUAUUUGAGAUUAGCUAAAAUAGAGAGACUGCUGAAGGAAUUCCCUUUUAAGUGGUUAGCUAUUUUAAUUAGAAUUUAGAUAAAAUUUGAAAAGCCUCCGGAGAGAUGCUCUAAGCUCUAAUAAAAAAGGAAAAAGUUAGUUUGUAUUGGUUGGCGAGAAAGGAGAAUGGUAGGGGCUGGCGGGUGUCGGUGGAGUUAAGAACAGUGGAGAAGUGAGAUUGAGAGAAACGAUAGAGCAAAGGUUGUCAUUACAGAAAUCAAAGGGGUAUUGGUGGUAUUCUAAGAUACUUAUUAAAACCCUCCGCAUAGCUUCUCCGGCGAAGAGACUGCCUUCCUUUCUAGUUAUUAGCAGAUCUGAUCAAAGGCGAAAGAAAAUCUGGUUUUGUUGUUUUCCUUCCUUGCGGCAAAGAGAAUAUGGCUGAGGCUGUAGUUUGCUUUGUGGCGGAAGGGCUUGAAGAAUUCGUCAGUCGGAAUGGGGAAUACUUGUCUGAAAUUAGAGAUCAAGUUCAGCUUGCACUAACCGAGUUACAAUUGAUGCGGAGGUUUGCGAAAUUUGUGGAUGGAAGACAAGGAGACGAUGUGGAAGCACGCAGUUGGGUUGCCAGAAUAAUUAGAGACGCGGCUUACGACUUGGAAGUAAUCGUUGAAACUUAUUCGUUGAAAGUGGUUUUGAGAAGGAAAGGAGUUUGUCAGAGUGCGAUGAAAAGGUAUGCUUGCAUGUUUAUUGACCGAAUUCGCGUGCGCAAGAUUGAGUCGAAAAUAUGUGACAUUACCAACACAAUUUCUGAGUUGAGGUUGAGUUUGCAAACUAAUAGAAUUGAAGUGCUGAUUCCAAAUUAUUUACCUCCACGUGAUACUGAACAUCAUCCUCAUCCUAUUGUUGGGUUAGAAGCCAAAGUAAAAGCAUUGGUUAUGCGUUUGGAACAAAAUGAAGAUCCAGUUAUUGCUAUAUUGGGCAUGGGGGGUAUAGGAAAGACUACUCUUGCAAAAGAGGUUUAUCAUCAUCACGCAGUCAGGCGUCAUUUUGAUUGUUUUGCGUGGGUGUGUAUAUCUCAACAAUUUGAAGUAAGACGUGUUUGGGAGGAAAUUUUGGUUCAAUUUAUUUCUCCUACCAAUGAGCAAAGAGAAGAAAUUGCAAGCAUGGAUGAUGAUGAAAUAGCCAGAAAACUUAUUCGUCUCCUAGGAGAGAAGAGAUGUUUGGUGGUUAUUGAUGACAUCUGGAGAACUGAGGAUUGGGAACUUUUACGACUUCCAUUUCCUGUAUACGGUGCAACAGGGAGCAAAAUAUUACUUACCACAAGGAACAAGGAAGUAGCUUUAUAUGCAGCUAGGAACGGUUUCAUCUUGCACUGCUACCCACUAACUGAGGAUGAAAGUUGGGAAUUGUUUGAGAAUAUAGCAUUUUCCGGAAGGAAUGAUAGAGGCCCUGAAAUUUUUGAAAGGAUGAAAAAACUAGGAGUUCGUAUGAUUCGACAUUGUAAUGGUCUUCCAUUAGCCAUCGUUACGCUUGCUGGACUUCUAGCGAGAAAGAAGACACUUGAUGAGUGGAAUAGAGUAUAUGAAAAUGUUUAUAGAAGUUACGAUAUUGAAGAAUAUACAAGUGUACAUUGGAUGUUGGCAAUGAGUUAUGAUGACUUACCGUAUUACUUAAAACCGUGCUUUCUAUAUUUAGGCCAAUUUCCUGAAGAUCUUGAGAUUCCAGCCAAAGAAUUGACUCAAUUGUGGAUAGCAGAAGGUUUUAUAUCUUUGGCACAACAAAAGCAAAGGUUGCUGGCAACGGUGGAGGAUGUAGCAUACAAUUGUCUAAGCGAGUUGGUGGAAAGGGGUAUAGUUCAAGUUGGAAAGAGGGGUUCAGUUAGAAAGAUUAAAACUUGCCGUAUGCAUGAUCUCAUGCGAGAAUUGUGCUUGUCGAAGGCACGCGAGGAGGAAUUUCUCAAAAUUGUCAACUUUUCGAAUAUUGGACACGAACCAACUGGUAAAGUUCGAAGACUUGCCCUUUAUUUCGAUGCGAAUGAUGUUGAAUUGGUUUCAUCAAGAUAUGAAUCACAAGACCAUGUUAGGUCUCUAUUGUUCUUUGGCCCAAAAAAUUGGAUACCAAAAAGUACAACAUAUAUACUAUCCACAUUCAAGGAUUUGAAAUUUCUUAGAGUUUUGAAGGUUGAAUAUAUGGUCAGGGAAGUAAGGUUGCCAACUGAAAUUGGGAAUAUGCUUUGCUUAAGGUUCUUAAGUCUAAGGAAGAGUAAUAUAAUAUGGUUGCCCCCAUCUUUAGGUAAUUUGAUAUGUUUGCAAACUCUGAAUUUGGACUUCUGUCACUCGAAUGAUCGGACUCCAAUAAUUCCGAAUGUGAUAUGGAAAAUGGAACAGUUGAGACAUCUAUACUUACUGUAUUACAGCUCAAGUAGCGUACUCCGACUGUCUAACCUCUGCAAUUUGCAAACCUUAUCUUGUGUUUCAAGUGAUUUUUGUGAUAUGAGUGAUCUUACAAAAUUAACCAAUCUCAGAAAACUGGGUAUACGAUUGUCAAGACCUGUGCAAAAUCUGGAGGAAUUAUUGAGAUCUGCAAGCAGCACACUAAACCGAAUUCAGUCUCUAUUUGUGAAGAAUGAUGUUGGAGUUAAUAUUCAGGAGGAGGUUAUGCAAAUAGUACUAAGUUGUUGUCGUAUAUACAAGUUGAAGCUGUAUGGACCUAUCAAAGAGCUGUCGACAGACCCCCAGCACUAUCCAAACCUCACCAAGUUAUCGUUGUGUGAGUGUCAUCUCGAGGAUGACCAAAUGGCAAUACUAGAGAGGCUGCCAAACUUAAGAAUUCUUUCACUUCAGUCUCUGAGUUUCCAGGAAAGCACAAAGACACUGGUAUGCUCCAGUGGAGGUUUUCUUCGUCUUGAAACUCUUUCCCUGGAAGACUUGAAAACACUAGAGGAAUGGAGGAUUGAGGAAGGAGCCAUGCCUAGUCUCCUUCAGUUGGGUAUUCAUUGUUGCUAUAGAUUGAAGACAGUUCCACAUGGGCUGAUAUAUAUCUCUAGCCUCAGGGACUUUACCAUCGGCCGGAUGCCUAGAACAUUCUACAGUAGGCUUCAGGAAGGAGGCGAGGAUUUCUAUAUAGUGCGGCGUGUACCUUCCCUUGCACUUGGGGAUGUGCACGAGGAAUAGGUGGGGCAUAUGAGGAAUUAUACCCAAAAAAAAAAAGAAAAAGAGCAAACAAAUAGUUUCGGCAAAUGGCACAAGAAAUUGUUUUCCAAUAUAUUUCAGAGGGAUUGCAUUCUAACAGAAACGGUAUAUGAACUGAAUUUGUUAUGUUCGACAUUUUAUGAGGUAAAAGCAAGAAAAAUUGUUAUGUCACAGUAACACCAUUUGGCAUGCAAUCGUGGUGUUACGAGUCUACUGAAAGCAGCGGGUUCUGUUUUCUCUCUCUCUCUCUCUCUCUCUCUCUCUCCCUUCUUUCCCUUUGUGUGUAUAUAAGUUUUAUACAGAAAGCUCAAGGAUAUUAGGAUUGUGUCUCUAGAGACAAGAAAAGAUUUAGUGGACCAACAAUAAUCUUGUCACACUAGAUUUUGACUUGGGUCGGUUACCGGAAGCUAUAUAAUCAGUUCUAUGGUAGUGUUAGUUAAACUAACAAUCUGAGCCUGAGUUUAUUUAACUGAAUUUAUACACUGAUUGAUCGAAUGCAAACUAUAAUUUCAGAUAGCAUUUCUCUUUCAAAUACUAAAACACGGUGUCAGAGUCAACAAGUGUACGUUGCUCUUGAUAAAGAUCACAAAUACAAACUGCCUGUCAUCAAGAAAAAAAGAGAAUUUGUCCACGUGUAUGACCCCUGAGAUUAUUUUGGCCAAGUAUCUAAUAAAACUUAGGGUUAAUUACAUAAAACUACCUAACUUUUGGGGUUCAUUCAAAUUAGUACCCAAUCUUGAAAAUCUUACACGUAGCAUGAAAAAAAUACAAAUUAAUUAAGAGAUUAACUAUUAGUCCAACUGACGGAGGGUCUAAUUUGUAUGUUUUUCGUGAGGUCGGGUAUCUACGUGCAGAUUUUCAAAGUUGGGUACUAAUUUGAAACGACCCCAAAAGGUUGGGUAGUUUUAUGUGUAGUUAACACUAACACUUAAGUACCUAAUUCGUUCCCUCCACCAUAACUUAAAACUAUUAGGUGGAGAAUUAAGAUUCUUGUUAAUUGUUGCAAGAUUUGACUGUAGAAAGAUGGUCAAAUAGGGAAAAUGCUUUAAACAUGCUGUUUAUGAUUGUAUAUAAUGUCAUGAAUCUGACUCAUAGUGUCACAUAAUCAUUGUAAAGUUGUCAUUCGACCAUAAAACAAAAAUAUUUUAAAGUUGUCAUGAAUCUGACUCAUAGUCUCCCAUAAUCAAGGAUAUUUGCAGAUAUGUCAUUUUUUUUAUCUUCCUUUUUAAUUGUAUUGCUGAGGUGAGGAGCAAGAACAUAUGGAGAUAUAUGUCGCCUAGCUAAUAGAUGCUUAGAAAAGCAUGUUAGAUGAUCGAUUUAAGUGGCUGGUUAGUGUAUAUCUGUGUUCCAAGUGUAAGUAUAUAUUUUUACUGUGACUUGCGUCUGUUUCUAUUCAGCAGAAUGAUUUUAUCUUUUUAUAGGUCCAGAGGAUGGAACAUGUGAAGCUAUGGCUGCUUUGAGGCGUUGUGCGAGUGACGAAACUGUGAAGUAUAUAAGGUUUUGUCUCUUGCUCUGAAAUCUGCUUGUAGUCUUUAAAUCUCUGGUACCGUAGUAAAAUAUUCAAUCUUGUUAGUUUAUGGGAGAAGAGGUUUAGGAAAUGGUCGGUUUAGUGUUUAGGACGAUAGUUUAACUUGGAAUGGAAAACUUUUGAAAAGUAACAGAAUUGUUUUAUUUGAUUGAUUGAAGAAGAAAAGUACAAAAGCUUGAUUAGUUUAGUUGGCCGAUUACUUGAGUUGGACAGCUGUAGUUUUCAGCUUUUAGCUUGAUUACUUUGAGUGGGCUGUUGAUCGGUGCAUAACUACAUAUCAUUGUGUACCAUUUUAGCUUAUGAUAUGGUUAUGUUUUUGAGUUAAACUUGUGUUUUUUACCAUCUUUUAUCUUUGUUUCAGUGUAUUAAGCAUGUGACUCAUUUAAUGUAUUUUGGAGUCAAGUUAGCUCAAAUUGUGUCUGCAGAUCAGUCAACUUUACGGAUUGGACUCUACGUGCUCAGGAAGAACCAGAUAAUGAGCCAUACCUCAUUGGAAAGAUGUGGAAGUCUAGUUUCAGCAGCAUUUUAGGGUUUAUGAUUCUGAGUCUUCUAGAGGAACUUAUGCAAAUUUUGGCAGCUUAAGGUCAAAAUUGGCAGCAUCUACGUUAUUGGGCCAAAAAUGAUAUUUGAAGGUCUUUCCGAUUUUUCCUUGAGCUAGGAUGCAUAUGUUUGGAAAGAUAAGACAAAGAGCUUCAAGAUACAUAUUUUUCCAAAUUUUUCAGAAUGGAGACACAAGCCCAAAACGAGCCUAGAAGCUGACUGCAAUGCAUUGUCAUGCAUGACAUAUGCAUGAGCUAAUUAUUUUUGGUGGGGAAGUUAGGUAAAGUAGGUGAAUUGAGUGUUGUAAGUUGGUGAAGUGACAGUUGUAGGUAGAAACAAUAUUCAAUUCAGAAUUUUACUUCCCUUAGGCCUAUAAAUAGUGAGGUUCUCCAAGCUUGUAAGCACACUCCAAGGGUUGGGAGCUCUCAAACACUUCUCUAGAGCUUCCCUCCUUUCUCUUCCUCAAAUUCUCUUAGUUUUCCUUUCUAGUUCUCAAUUGUUGUAACAAAAUCCUUUUACUAAAUUUCCUUCAAGUUUUUGAGUUUUAAUUUAAUUCUUAGUUGCAAUGUAAUUUCUUAUUUUAAGUUUUCAAGUUAGAUUAGUUUCCAAGUUUCAAUUAUGGUUUUUAUUCUUAUUCAUUAUGCUUGUAAGUUAAUAUGCUAGUUUGAAUGAUUGAUCAUCAUUAGGGCUUGCAUGUUAAGUAUCUUAGUUUGAAUUAAGAGUAGACAUCAUGCUUUAAUUCGAAUUGAACUAUGAAUAGGAAGAGUAUGUAUGAGAAUUCAACAACCAGGAUUAGAUACAUACUUGGUUGUUUAAAAUGUUCUUCUAUGCUUAAUGGAUUCCUAAUGCUUAAUUUUAGGUUAGACAACAGAUGAUUAAAUUAGGGAAUGAAGAAUACAAGGUUAGGACCAGACAUCAUGGCUUAAUCAUACUUUAGCUAGAUUCAAUUUGUGAAUCUAAAUUGAACUUGGGAACUUAUUUGCUUGAAUUAUUAUUUUCUUUCUUUCUUGUUUUCAUCUUUGUAGUUUUCACAAUCAUCUUUAAACCUUGUUUCCAUUUUUGUUUAUACAGGGAAUAGAAUUGAAUCAAUUUAUCCUCAAUCCUCGUGGGAUCAACCUCGCACUUACAUAUGCUAUACUACCGAACGGCUCGUGCACUUGCGAGUAUCACAAGUUGAGGAUGUAGCUGAAUCCAUUUUUGUGCAGUUGAAUCGACGCAACUGUAGGCUUAUUUAUAGAGAUGCUAACUGACUAUUUAAGUUGGCAUUUUACUUAGUUAAGUCGGUUUGUACAGUAACCGAGAUCUAAGGCAUUUUUUGCCACAAGUUAAUCUAUAAUUCUAGAUUUCUCUA